CCCACAUGUAAGGAAUAGCUAAUCAGAGUCCUGACCGGAAUUUAUCACUAACUAGUCUAACCAUUGUAUAAAUAAUCCUGACUGCCCUCGCAGAGGCUAGGCAUUGUGAGUACACUCCUUUUCUGCAUCUGGUUUACUUACUGUGUUUCGAUGUGUCCUUUAAAGUAUUGGAGUGUUCUGCUUGCGAUGUUUUCCCCAUUGAUGCUUGAGGCAUCUGGGCCGAUCCGCUGCUUGCCCUGCACCGAAGAGAGGUUGGCACACUGCCCACCUGUGGAUACCACAUGCACAGAGGAGUUGGUGAGGGAGCCAGGCUGUGGCUGCUGUCGGAUAUGUGCCCUAUCUCAUGGCCAGCCAUGUGGGGUGUACACAGCACGCUGUGGUGCAGGUCUUCGCUGUUAUCCCCAGCUCGAGGAAUCCAAACCUUUGGAGACGCUCAUGCAAGGACGGGGCAUUUGCAUGGAACUACUUGAGGUUGAAAGGAUUCAAGCAAUACAAGCAGAAACUCAAGCAUCUGAUUUGGAAACUGUGAAUCCUAGUCCAGGUGGCACAGAAGGUACCCAAGAUCAGUUAGGAGGCACCAACUUCAGAUUUGUACCAGCUCCUGGGCAUGUCAUACAAGACAGAUUGUUUGAAACACGAAAUUCAGCUGAUGCACAGAUGGGCAUGAGGGCACGAACUAACUACAAACCAAAGCCAAGAGAGCAGCAGGGGCCAUGCCAGGAGGAAAUGCAACGAGCCAUUGACAGGAUCAUUCUGAUUCAACAGCAUACUAAUGAAGAACUUUAUAGAUUCCACAUUCCAAACUGUGAUAAGGGAGGAUUUUAUAACCUGAAACAGUGCGAGUCAGCUCUGGAUGGACAGCAUGGACGGUGUUGGUGUGUUUUUCGCUGGAACGGAAAGAGAAUUCCUGGCUCUCCAGAAGUGAGAGGUGAUCCCCAAUGCCACCGGCAUGAGAGACAUGUUACAGCAUCAGCCGAACAAAAUAACUGAAGCGUCUUAAAAAACUGAGGCGGCAAUAACAACUUUGCUUUUCUCACACAUGUUACACCAGAGCAUUUGAAGGUGACAACCAUAGGUUACAGUUAUCUUUCAUGUAUGUAAGCUAUUUAUUUCCUGCUUUUUUUUUAGUUUAAAGAUUUCUUUUUGAAAAUCACAUUUAAAAUAGCAUCUAUCUAAAUUGUCCAGUGAAAUAAUCUACUGUUGCUAGUUGCACUUUUGGUUCACUAUUAAUGCGCAUGAAAAUAAUUUUACAUUGUGAAAAAUGCAUGAGUUGAGAAAAGUAUUAUCUAAACAGUCACUGAAUACACUGCAAGUCACUAUGUAUAAACAAUGUUAAUAACACAUUAAUGUUACAAAAGGAUCUCAUGGCAUUAAAAUAAUAGAAAGCUUAAAUCUUACAAAUUGCUGCCACUGCUAAUUAACCAUUGCCUCUAUUAGAAUUAUAACAUUUUCAAGGCAUAGAUCCAUUCCUCAUGUUAGAGGCCAAUAUUUUGUAAACCAAAAGCAUAGUAGUGUGUUUCAAGGUGAUACAUGUCUUCAAGUUAAAAUAAUUUUUAUUAACUGCCCAAACUUCAUCCUUGUGCUUAGUGACAUCAGUACUCUUCCCUUUAACACACUCCUAUAUACAAUAUUCAUAGAGAAAAUGAACUCAUUGGUGCUGGUUUUCUCUCUGUUUAAAUGCAUUCAUACCUGUGAAAUUUAGUUGUUAAUUAUAAACAAAAGACAAUUAAUUUAUUCUUAUGAUGUGAAAGUACACAUAUCACAUAUUUCACUAAUGAUUUUUAAUAUGAGGGAGUCGAGGGUUUUGGGAAAAGACAAGAAAGUGGAGUUCAGGAUUAUCAGGUCUAAUUGAAUGGUGCAGCAGACUUGAUAGGUUGAAUGGCCUAUUUUCCGCUCCUUUGUAUAUGAGCUUGUAAUAGUGGCAAGGUUAGUGUUGGCUGUUUGUGCUUUUAGUCAUUAGCUGAAGGUAAAUCAUAUGCCCACUUUCCCAAAGAGUGUGAAGAGGUUUUAUUUUUGCUAUAACAAUGAGUAGUGAUUGAUAUGAAUUUCAGCCUUUGCCUCCAAAAGCAGCUUUGUUUCAGUCUAAUUGUCAUGCAUCUGUCAAGAAAAAGGUGGAAAUAUUGAUGUGCUCAGCACUUGUAAGAUAGCAGUAGAAAAUCCAGCAUCAACCUUCAGAGGAUUAAAUGAAAAAAGUCAUAAAGCUGUCUGAAGUGGUCAGCAAUUCCUGGGUUAUCAUUAGGAGUGACUAAAGCUGGAACAAACACUUUGCUUAAUCCUCUGUUAGCAUAUUGUUUUCUAAAAAAAAUGUCUGCUAUAGUUGUGGACAGCCUUCUGCAACAAUAGUCUGUCAUCUUUGUCAGGUCUCAAUUCUUAUUGAAUGGUUAUAAUUUGUCUUUGCAAUUUUACUGUGAAUGAAUGAAACUAAUUUUCUACUGUAUGCAUCGUUUCAUGUAUUUUAUGUAUUGGGCAGUUAUAAACAAAAAACAAUUGCUCGUUUGGGUUUUCCUUAAGUGUUGAUAUUCUGGACCAAAAUGUGUGAAUUCAAAUCAGUCACAAAACAUGAUGCAGAAGUAAAGAAAGUUUGUAGUGGGGUAGUUAUUAAACAACAGUAUUACUUUACUGAUUGUAUGUGAAGUUGCCUAUCAAUUAUUGCUUGUAACACAUUGGCUCAGCAAAGACUGGAGAAUGUGGGAGUAAAUUUGAUUUCCUGUACCUGCGGAGUUUUUGGACAAUGUCUUAAUACCCUAUAACCACUAGAUGGCACUCAUAUGCUUGUUCAAAUUUUCUCGAGUUUCAAAUUGUUUCUAAUGAAUCAAAAUUGUUAUAUGGUAACAUAUUUUCUUUUAAUGUAACUGUAUCACCAAUUUCCUUUAUAUGAUUUAGAUCCACAAUUAGUCGAUUCUCGAGUAAUCUUUUUGAUUUCUGUAAUGAUGUGGUACAAAAUUAGCUAAUGAACUUGUUGCUGUAGAAAAAAA